AUGUCUGGUUUUGACGACCCUGGAAUCUACUACAGCGACAGCUUUGGAGGAGAAGGACAAGGUCCAGAUGAAGGGGGCCAGAAGCGGAUUCAGAUCAAGAAACGCUUCCGCGAAUUUCUCCGACAGUUCAGAGUGGGAACCGACAGCACUGGUUUUACAUUUAAGUACAGAGAUGAGUUGAAGAGACACUACACCCUUGGCGAGUAUUGCAUUGAGGUGGAAAUGGAGGAUCUUGCCAGCUUUGAUGAGGAUUUAUCUGAUUGUCUAUACAAGCUGCCCUCAGAUAACCUGCCUCUGUUAGAGGAGGCUGCUAAGGAGGUAGCUGAUGAAGUGACACGUCCUCGUCCUGCUGGAGAAGAGACCGUUCAAGACAUUCAAGUUAUGUUGAAGAGUGAUGCACAUCAUGCUUCUAUUCGCAGCCUGAAGUCUGAACAGGUUUCUCGUCUGGUGAAAGUACACGGCAUCAUCAUCUCGGCGACCCCAGUGAAAGCCAAGGCUACCAAAGUGUGCCUGAAGUGUCGCAGCUGUCAACAUGUCAUCAGCGACAUCUCUCUGCCUCCUGGUCUGCAGGGAUACGCGCUUCCUCGCAAGUGCCCCAAUGAUAGCACUGCGAGAGUUAAGUGCCCUGUGGACCCCUUUUUCAUCAUCCCAGACCGCUGCGUUUGUGUAGACUUUCAAACGCUCCGAUUGCAGGAAUCGCCUGAUGCCGUACCACAUGGAGAAAUGCCUCGCCACCUUCAGCUCUACUGUGACCGGUACUUGUGCGACCGUGUGGUGCCUGGAAACCGAGUUACCAUCAUGGGUAUUUACUCCAUCAAGAAGAUGGCUGCUGUGAAGGCCAAAGGCAGAGAGAAGAGUACCGGUGUGGGGAUCCGGGCAUCCUACCUGAGAGUGGUUGGCAUCCAAGUAGAUACAGAAGGGACAGGUCGUGGUGCUACUGGAUCAGUGACUCCACAAGAAGAGGAGGAACUGAGGUCACUGGCUGCUUCGCCUGAUGUGUAUACCUCCCUUGCCCGCUCUGUUGCUCCCUCAAUCUAUGGCUGCGAGGAUCUCAAAAAGGCCAUCACUUGUCUGUUGUUUGGAGGUUCAAGAAAGAGGCUGCCAGAUGGUCUCACUCGCAGGGGAGAUAUCAACCUGCUCAUGCUUGGUGACCCUGGUACAGCCAAGUCGCAGUUGCUCAAGUUUGUGGAGAGGUGCUCGCCCAUUGGGGUUUAUACCUCAGGAAAGGGUAGCAGUGCUGCUGGUCUGACUGCCUCCGUUCUGAGGGACCCGGCUACCCGUGGGUUCAUCAUGGAGGGUGGUGCUAUGGUUCUGGCUGAUGGCGGUGUUGUCUGUAUUGACGAAUUCGACAAGAUGCGGGAAGAUGACAGAGUUGCAAUCCAUGAGGCCAUGGAGCAACAGACCAUCUCCAUCGCCAAGGCUGGCAUCACCACCACUCUUAACUCUCGCUGCUCCGUGCUGGCUGCUGCCAAUUCUGUGUUUGGCCGCUGGGAUGACACAAAAGGGGAGGACAACAUUGAUUUCAUGCCCACCAUCUUGUCCCGAUUCGACAUGAUCUUCAUUAUUAAAGACUUGCAUGAUCAGCAAAGGGACAUGACAUUGGCCCGUCACGUUAUGAAUGUUCAUCUGAGUGCCCAAACCCAGACAGAGGGUGUUGAGGGGGAGAUUCCACUGGCCACCUUUAAGAAGUAUAUUGCCUUUGCCAGAGCAAAAUGCGGUCCUCGUCUCUCUGCUGCUGCUGCAGAGAAGCUGAAAAACAGAUACGUGUUGAUGAGGAGUGGUGCCAGAGAGCAUGAGAGAGAAACUGACAAAAGAGCUUCCAUUCCAAUCACUGUUAGGCAACUGGAGGCUGUGGUGCGAAUUGCGGAGUCCUUGGCCAAGAUGAAGCUGCAGGCUGUGGCUGGGGAGGCAGAAGUGGAUGAAGCUCUGCGUCUCUUCCAAGUUUCCACAUUGGAUGCUGCGCUCUCCGGCAGUCUUUCAGGAGUGGAAGGUUUUACCACCCAAGAGGACCAGGAAAUGAUUGCUCGCAUUGAGAAGCAGUUAAAGAGACGCUUUGCAAUUGGCUCCCAGGUGUCAGAGCACAGUAUUAUACAGGACUUCACCAAACAGAAAUAUCCCGAUCAUGCCAUCUACAAAGUCCUACACCUGAUGUUGAGGAGGGGUGAGCUUCAGCACCGCAUGCAGCGAAAAGUACUCUACAGAGUAAAAUAG